UCCUUUUGGCUUACCAGAAAGGGCUCGGGCGUGUGUGAACCAGGGAGUCGAAACUUAUCUAUCACUUAUCGACAGGAGGUCUGUGUGUGUGUGUCUGUGUGUGUGUGUGAACCAGAGAGCCAAAACUUAUCGAUCACUUAUAGACAGGAAGUGAUCGAUACCGGCCGGCUGCAGUCCAGGCAUAACCAAAAAGGGCUCGGGCAGGGCCCUAAGCAUGAAAAUUGUCCGUGUGUGUGUGUGUGUGUGUGUGUGUGUGUGUGUGUGUGUGUGUGUGUGUCUGUCUGUCUGUGUGUCUGUCUGUCUAUCUGUGUAUGUGUGUUGUGUGUGAACCAGGGAGCCGAAACUUAUUGAUCACUUAUCGACAGGAGGUGAUCGAUAGAUACCAGCCGGCUGCAGCCCAGGCGCCUAUUUCCAAGUCGCUUCUCCGGCCACACCGGAGAAGAUCCUCUCCUUGCAGUGAACCCAAGCGCCUGGGCUCUGCCAGCGGAGACGGGGCGUGCCCGGGGGGCACCUGGGACCCCGACGGGGCACCCCCAGAGGUCAUCGGGCCUGCUCGACGGUUGUCUCUCCGUCUCUGCCCGGUCCGGUCCGGGGGCCAAUCUGGGCGCGGCGGGACCCGGAGGCGCCCAGGGCUCGAGAACCGGCCGGGGGUGCCGUCGCGACCGGGGCGCCCACCCGCCCCGAGGACGUACCUGUGGCGUCCGGGCUCCGCGCCCCUCCCGGCCGCUCCGUCCGCACCGGCGCCACGGACUCCGAGGACCCGCCCCGCCCGCCCCGCCCCACCCCUCCAGCGCUGCCCGGCGCGCCGCCUGUCCCAGCCGGUCAGGCACCGUGCCGGACAACCCGAGACUCGCGCUUGCGCCGUGCCUGGCGGGGCCGCCCGUCAGGACCCUACGGACCGCGGUGCGGGACAGCGCCCUCUGCUGGCGGGCGGAGGGCAGCGCGCUGGAGCUGGAGGACUCGCAAGUCCCCAGGCCUAG